AUGGGGUGCUGCUCAUCCAAGAAACAGCUCGCGACAGUCUCGGAGCCUGUACAAUCUCGUCCAAGUACACGUCCACUGCCCUUAAGAAAUGUUCAGAUACUAGGUGGUAAUUCCUCGACCAACAGCCCUGAAUUAUCAGCUGCAGAGAAACGUGUACGAGCAGCGGCAGCGGCCGAGGCCCGUAAAGGAGAUUGGCGACAGGGCGGCCAUGCAGACCCCGAGAAAGCGCACAACAUUGCACAACGCCGUGAGAAGGAUGAGUUGUUGGCUAAGAUAUAUAAUAAAUACACAACACUGGGCAGAGAACCACCGAUUGGACUGCCGUCCUGCGACUUGGAACAAUUGCGCCGUCACUUCGAAACUCUGCGCUGA